UACAUAUGCAGCUAUUCUUAGCCCUGGAAUGUAUACACCGUCUCCCUGCCCAGCAGUUCUGUCACAAAGCUCUAGAAAACUGUGAAAGCGCCUGUAGCAUAAACAAAUCCAGAACUCUCCCAGGACCAACCAUUUGUCAACUGAAGGAAAGGCCCAGGUUUAUGGUUUCACUUGGAGCCAGAGGUGGAAACUCCGGCGGGACCAGUCGGACGAGGCAUCGGUGGCUAUCACUGCAGCCAAACAAGAGGGCCACACCCCCCCGAAUGACAAGCUUGGGGAAUGACUAACACCCAGAAAGAUGCUGAGAUGAGUUCACUAAAUAACAGAAGGCUGAGAAUCUGGAGAAAGGCUCACAGACUUCCGCUGGUCAAGUGCACGGGCUGUUUAUUUUGCUUCCGGCUAACAUUUCAGCCCCCGACAAUCAGUAACUUCCUACAACCUUCGUUGUUUUUGUUUGCUUGUUUUUUUCUCAGAUUAUCUGAAGAUGUUAUUUGCCUGUUACCUUUCAGAGCAAUCAUAACCAAAAAGAGAGGUGUCGGCUGUGGGGUCUGGAGUGUGGGUGGCCUCCCUCUGCAAUCUUCACUAAGCGAUAUUCUUGGCCAUACCCACAGGCACUGGAUGGACAAGGAGUCAGCAGAUGGGCUGCUCUUCAAAGACCACGACUUCUCCUCUGACUUGUUGAGGCAGCUCAAUGACUUAAGACAAAGCGGAAUCCUGACGGAUGUAAUCAUCUGUGUUGGGGCCUGGGAGGUCCCCUGCCACCGAAACGUGCUGGCCUCCAGCAGCCCCUACUUCCGGGCCAUGUUCUGCAGCAACUUCCGGGAGAGCGGGGAGGCCAAGGUCCAGCUGAGAGGCAUCGACUCCACGACCCUGGAGCAGCUCGUCCUGUAUGUGUACACGGGGGAGGUGCCCAUCACGGCUGAGAACGUUCUGCCCUUGCUGGAGGCUGCCUCCAUGCUGCAGUACCCCAAGCUCUUUGAGGCCUGCUCCUCCUACCUGCAGAGCCAGCUGACCCCCAGCAACUGCCUGGGCAUGAUCAGACUCUCGGAGAUCCUCAGCUGCGAGACCCUCAAGAAGACGGCCAGGGAGGUGGCCCUGACGUACUUCCCAGAGGUGGCCGCAUCCGCUGACCUGAAGGAGCUCUGUGCCUUGGAAUUGAGAGACUACCUGGGGGACGAUGGGCUGUGCGGGGAGGAGGAAAAGGUGUUUGAGGCCUUUAUGGGUUGGGUCAAGCAUGACCUCCAGACCCGGAAGCGAUACAUGCAGGAACUGUUCAAGCUCGUCAGGCUUCCGUACAUCCACCCGGCCUUCUUCCACCACUUCAUCGCCAACGAUGCCCUCCUUCAGUCCUCGCCCUCAUGCCAGAUCAUCUUGGAGAUGGCCAGGAGGCAGAUGUUUUCUUUGUAUGGCACCACCAGUGCCCCAGACCUCCAACCUCCAUGGCACGUGCCCCCAAGGAACUCUUACCAAGACUUCCUCAUCCUCUUGGGUGGGAGGAAGGACAACCAGCAGACCACCAGGGACGUUCUGCUGUACCAUAGACAGACAGGCCAAUGGCGGAGCCUCGCCAAACUCCCCACCCGGCUCUACAAGGCCGCAGCCGUUGCCUUGCACCGCAGCGUCUAUGUGCUGGGAGGCAUGGCCGUGGGCACAGAGAAGAGUGAGCCCAGUCGCCACGUCUACAUCUUCUCCCUGAAACUCAAUCAGUGGAGGCUGGGACAGCCCAUGCUGGCGGCCCGCUACUCCCACAGAAGCACCUCCAAUAAGAACUUCAUCUUCUCCAUCGGGGGGAUUGGAGAAGGGCAGGAGGUCUUGGGCUCCAUGGAGAGAUAUGACAGCAUCUGCAAUGCCUGGGAGCAUAUGGCCAGCAUGCCAGUGGGGGUUCUGCACCCUGCAGUUGCUGUGAAAGACCAAAGACUCUACCUUUUUGGGGGAGAGGACAUUAUGCAGAACCCUGUGCGCCUUAUCCAGGUUUAUCACAUUUCCAGAAACACGUGGUUCAAAAUGGAGACGAGAAUGAUCAAGAAUGUGUGUGCCCCCGCAGUGGUGCUUGGGGAGCGGAUUGUCAUCGUGGGAGGUUACACAAGGAGGAUUCUGGCUUAUGACCCUCAGUCCAACAAAUUUGUCAAAUGUGCGGACAUGAAAGACCGGAGGAUGCACCACGGGGCGGCGGUGAUGGGGAACAAGCUCUACGUGACGGGCGGCCGGCGGCUGACCACGGACUGCCGCAUCGAGGACUCGGCCUCCUUUGACUGCUACGACCCCGAGACGGACACCUGGACCUCGCAGGGACAGCUGCCUCACAAACUCUUUGACCACGCCUGCCUCACUCUCCAGUGCAUUCCCCACGCCUCCACCUUCUCCUGAGGUCGAUGAGAAACCAAAAAACCGGCUGUGUUAGUCCAGACCUUCUUGUUGCAAGAGACAGAACCCAACUCCAAAAAGCUUAACCCUAAACAGGUGCAGCGAGAGCUCACGAGACUCAAAGCUCCAGAGCUGGAGGCCUGGAACCAGGCCUAUUGUUGGCAAAAUUCUCUCUCAUUCUCUCUCUCUCUCUCUCUCUCUCUCUCUCUCCCACCCUCCCUCCCUCUCUGGCUUUGUUCUCCACACAGUGUGAGGACAAAUCCAGACUCACAUUUUCUAGCUUAGCAUCUUCAGGAGAAACUUUACCAUUAUCCAUAUAUUAACCCUAAAAAGAAGUAAACAGUGCUGUUUGGCCCUUUUUGAAUUCCAUGCAACCUCUUGGGAUCAUACUACCAUAACUGGCUACUCCUGGAUGGCGUCCCUACAGGCAGAGGUGGGGUUAAUGAUCGUGGACAACCUAUCUGAACGGCACUUAAUGGCAUAGAAGUGGUUCCCCAAAGGAAGACAUGCUGGGCUGACAAAAGCCACAUCUGCCCGAACACCAUGGAGACUGGGAAGAGGAGGGCGAAGAGCCCCUGGAAGCCCUUGGUCCGGGUGGCAGCAUGAGCAGUGGCCAUGGCUGAGUGUCCCUGAGGCCAGGGAUGCGGUGCAUUGGAAUUCCAGAAAGUAUGUGCAGCAUUGUCUGUGCUGCCAGAAUAAAGUUUGCUUCUGUUG